GCCCACGUCUUGCCUCCCAAAUUUCUGUAUGUCUUACUACAUAGACAGGUCAUGUCCCACUCAACAUCGCAGCCCUCCUCCUCCGCCGCUACCUCUGCCACAACAAACUUAUCCCGCUGUCUGAGCAUCAAAACAACUGCCAAAUCGGCCCAAAACACCAACCCAUUCCCUCCCUCAGAUAUCAAACUCUUCGUGACAAAUCUCCGACUCCUGGACCUUGACUUGCGUGCCGAUUGGCCUAACAUUACCGUGCAAACAUUCUCCUCGAAGAAUGCAGAUCAGAAACAAAGAAUUGGCGGUGUGGAAUGGGCGCUCUUCCGGCUGCUUGAAAUCUGGGAUCCAGUAGAGACGAGCCAGAAACUCCAGCCCUUCUUUCCUCCCCUUGAACCCCUCCAAUCGCUCAACCUCCGCGCCGCCCUCUAUCGAUGUUUGAACGAAUUGAAGAAAAUUGGCAUCUUAGGCCGGGAAUCAGUGUUGCGGAAGACAAUGCUGGAUGAGUGCAAGGGCGAGAAGUUCUAUGAGAUACUGGCUCUCUUCUCCACAGCUGUUUUGAAAAAGCACUUGGCGGCUCAGAGACGCGCCAAGAGGCAGGCGGCGCCGGUCGCAAGGAAAUUAUCCACGGAUCCCGCACUCCCCAGAGACCAGCAAGCAUCAUUGUUGCCGUUAGCCAUAGCACAUAAGGCAGCGCUCACUAAUAUUCUAAGGAGAAAGCAUGAGAAACGAACGAGGUACACACAAUUCGACAGACUAUUGCAGGAGAAGGCAGCCACGCCUCGAUACCGGAAAUCAUCGAUCCCGCAGAACGACACGGCCGCAAUUAAGAAGCAAUUGAGGGACAACUGGAUUGGGAAUCAGAAAUGGCUCGACACCAUGUUGCAUGGAGAUGAUAUCCAAGUCGAGGAUGCCUUUUUGAACAGGCCAUUUAAGGAUGUAUGGAGGAUGGUGCAGAAUGGUCGCAAGCUACAGGAUGCUUCUCCGGAUACUGGUCUGCUAGAGAAUCUGCAAUCGAGGGUGCAGGAACAGCAAGCGAGGCUGCAGAAAUGGAAGAGGUUCCACGAAAAGCUGCGUGAGGAAGUCGAAGCACAACCACCCCCUCCCAGGACGCAGGCCUUGGAGGAGGCCUUCCGAUUCGACGAUCAUCUGAAGCUCCAAUUGCGUUCCACGAAACCGUCCGACAUGGAUCCUGUUCAGAGAAACCCUCUGAGCGUGGAAUAUCAAGACAUCAUUUCGGAGAUGGAAUCUGAGCUACUUGAGGUGUCCAAAGCAAGAAACAAUCGAUCCACCAUCACCCAUGUCACGCGCCGUGGCUCAUCGUUCAGUACCUCCCCAACCCGACGGAGGAAGUCGAGAUCAGAUUCAGCGUCCAAGAGACCUACAUCUUCACACACAGAGAAACUCACUAGACCGGCACCGCCGUCAAAAAAACAGUCUAAGGAGAGCAUGCCCCCACCAUCAUCUCGUCGUGAGCCUACAGCCACUCCAACCGACUCAGACGCCACGCUCGUCGGUCACCCAUCGAUAUCUCUAUCCCCACUGUCAAAUGCUACAGAAACGACAAUCCAGAAUCACUUCGAUGGUACCCAGGACACAUCUGAGCCUCUCCCAAUGGUCUCCACCCCCCCUCGCCUAGCCAUUCAAACCACGCAACCUCGCUCCCCUUCCCCUCCACCCUCCUCAUACUUCCCCUCCGAACCCCCAGUCCUCGAGCCCCCAUCUCUCAGCCACGAAGACUUACUCGCCGAACAAAUUCUCUCCUCCGUCGCCAACGCCACCCCGUCACCAGUCAAAAAACAACCUCGCCUCUCCCUCGUCGAGCGAACUCGCAUGUCCAUGGCUCAUGCCAACUCCUUCCCAUCCAUCGACGAAUCCCCGCCAGACUCCAAUCCACUCCCUUCUCUCUCCACAAUCGCAACAGCAGAACCCCCAGCCCCUCUCGACCGACGUACCUCGCUGCUCGAACGCACACGUCUAAGCAUGGCAGCGAUGUCGCAAAAUCCCCAGGCGGCACAACGGAAAAAAGAUAAGAGGAAAAGCUUGCGGACGUCUUUGUACCCAAUAAACCAAUUCGACACGCCUCGCAACCGGAAAAGCAUCCACGCGAUCGAGGAAGCGAGGAGUGGGGAGCGGACGCCGAAAGAGGAGCUGUUUAGCGAUGAAGUGGAUUAUGAGCGUGUUUUUAAGAGUCGGCCUAAGAUUGCGCAGAGUCCUGUUUUCUCGCCUGAGGAUGGGGAUCGGGACGCGGAGACUGGUAGCGAACAGUAUGACGAGGGUGAGGGGAAGGGAGGUGGUGAUCGUGAUGUGAGUAGUUUGGGAAUCGAUGAGGACGGAACUGAAGAUAUGUAUGAUGAAGGCGUCACUGGUGUGGAUCUAGCGGAUGUAGAUGCUGAUGAGGAUGAAGAUGGCUUUACGCAGACUUGGGAGAAUAGUCCUUCGAGAAGAGUGAGGGGGGGGCGAAGCACUUAGUGUACGGCGGUGCCAAUUCAUCCGACAAUUGUACAAGUCGAGGUUAUUUUCGG